GAAACAGUCACCACAGCACCACUCGCACACCCUUCAGAAGUGUCUUAUCCUAGAAGAUAUUCUUCAAGAAUACAACAGGGAAAAUGUCACAAGUACAAGAAGCUAGCAGUAAUGUCACAGGUACAGAGCUGAGGGCAGUAAUUCUGGGAUGGCACAAAGCUGGAAAGACUUCGGUGAUCAACACCAUAUUAGGACCAGGUGUGGCUGUGUCAGUUAGUGGUCAAUGUCUGAAGAAAGAGGGAUAUGUUAAUGGAAGGAAAAUCACGCUGGUUGACACGCCUGGCUGGUGGAAAGACUGCAGUAUAAGAGAUUCACCAGAGCUUUGCAAACAAGCAGUAAUGCGUAGUGUAUCUCUGUGCCCUCCAGGGCCUCACGCCUUUCUCCUGGUCAUACAGGCAGAUUUGUUAUUCAAGGAAAAGUUCAUGGAACCACUAGUGCAGCACAUGGAGCUUUUGAGUGAGAGAGUCUGGGCGCAUACCAUAGUGCUCUUCACAGGGGGCGAUUCACUGACAAACAUGAGCAUUGAGCAGCGCAUACAAACAGGAGGGGAACCCCUCCAGAAGCUUUUGGAGAAAUGUGGAAACAGAUAUCAUGUUUUUGAUAAUUUCAACACAAGCAACAGAACUCAAGUCUCAACACUAUUUGAGAAAAUAGAUAAUGUUGUCAGUCAAAAUUGUGGCAGAAGUUUUGAGAUUGAUCUGGAAGUGCUACAAGGACUUGAGAGAAGGUGGGAAGAAGUUCAGAGAAGAGCAGCUGCUAGGCAAUCAAAGGUACAGGAAGAAAGGUCCUUGAUUAAAGAUAAAGCUUAUUUACGUCAUCUUGAAGAGCUAAGAAUGGUCCUCUUGGGUUGGGUGAUGUCUGGGAAGAGCUCAGCAGGAAACACCAUACUGAAGCAGGAAGGAUUUAUGACAGGGGAGCGAACAACAAAGUGUAUAAGAAGGUUUGGAGAUGUGGCUGGAAGAAAGAUGGCUGUAUUGGACACGCCUGGCUAUUGGAAGUUUUUUUCAUCCAAGUUCAACCCAGAGUGGGUCCAAGCUGCAGUCCUUAAAGAUGUGUUAAAGUGUAAGAAAUUCCCCCAUGGCGUGCUCCUGGUGCUUCCUGCAGACACAUCCUUUAAGGAGGAACAGAAGAAGAUCAUUGAAGAAAACAUGGCCAUCUUUGGUGAACAAAUAUGGAGACACACCAUUGUGCUUUUCACGUGGGGUGAUUUUCUUGGUGACGCACUGAUCGAGCAGCACAUUGAGAGUGAAGGCGAGGCCCUGCAGUGGCUGAUAGACAAAUGUGGAAACAGAUAUCAUGUCUUUGACAAUACAAAAAGGGGUGAUGAUGCUCAGGUCACUGAGCUGUUGGAGAAGAUUGAAGAAAUGGUGGCUGGAAACUGUUUGUUCCGUCCUGAUGUUACAGAGUUAAGUGAAAUGAAGGCUGAGCUACUGCUUGAUACUUCUGAGGAAGUUUGGAUUGAGGAUUUCUUGAACUUGUUUAAGGAGGAAUGGAACAGAAGAACUAAGGAGUUUAGAGAAAAUCUAGAACAGUUGUGGGCGGAAUCAAGAGAUUCAACCAUGAAAAGCUACCGAAGCAAAACACCCCCUCCUAAGUUUCAUGGAGAGGAUGAGUCCACUGACACCCCUGAAACAUUUGGGCCUGAAUGUAAGACGGACAGCGCACAGGUGUUCAACACUAAGCAGCAUCUUCUAUCACUUGUGGAGAGAGAGUGGAGCAGACAAGAGGCAAUCGUGAUGGAAAAAGUGUGUACAACUCUUCUCCAUGCCAACCUAGCUGACGACGGGUUUUCUGAGAUGGGAGAAAAAGAGAUCAGUGCGUCGGUGGCCAAAGUGGAACGGUGGCUUUCAGGCUGUGAACAUGAGAAACACAUGCAGUGAUGAUGAGGACCUGGAGGAAACAAAGCUCUCUCCUAAAUGGCAAACCAGCACAUGCUAUAAAACUGUCUCUGGCAGUCAAUGCUGCCAAUAUGACAAGAAGGAGGACAGUAAAAAAUACAACU